GUGGGUGGCGCUUGAACUGUUUCGCGUGUACAGUGCUGAAGAAGAAGAAGUUUAAACAUGGCGAUGUCCUGUCUAGCACUCGUGCGGCUCCGAGCACUGAUCACUUUAAGGAGAAAAACUCUUGAAAUUCACGAAGACAUCGGAUUAAAUUGGGCUUUUAUAAGUCGGUAUAGGACAAAGGCUGGUGUCAUUCAUAAACCCCGGCAAUCUCUACCAGAAACGGUUAACACAGGUGGAUCAGAUCCUCUUGGAGAAUUUCCUCAACCCAAAAACCUUCUGCACGCCACUUUGUCCAAAUCAUUAGGGCUGUCUGACCUCUCUCAGUACAUCCAGUACAGCUGCACCGAUGGGGAUGUCAAGAGAGCCACCGUCACUCUUCACUGGCCCAUGAGAAUUGAGACUGAGGGGUUUGGGUCUCGCAAAAUCGAGGCAGAGCGUCAUGCCGCAGCUGCAGCCUGCUAUAAACUGAAGGAGCUUGGAAUCCUUGGUCAAGGAAAGCAGCCAUCUAUAACAGGGAUGUUGACACAGUCAGGUAGGCAGACGUCUGUCUGGGAAGAUCCUGAAGAAAAUCUGACUUCCUAUGACAGCCUUGAGUGUUUGCCCAUAAAGAAGAGAACAGCAUUGAAGGACAUAAAAGGCCAAAGACCAAUAGAAGAGGAUCCAAAACUCGGAGAAGCACUUUCCAUGUUUCCAAAGCCAAAAGCACUUCUGUCUAGUGUCAUUCAAGUAGCCACAUCAUCCUGCAGGGUUCGAGAGCUGAUUCAGUACCAAACAGUUGGUGGUAAGGUAAAGACGUGUGAGUUAAUCUUGCACUGGCCGGAGGUGAUGACCUUUUCAGCUUCUGGACAUCGUAAACUGGAAGCAGAGUCCAAGGCAGCAGCACUAGCCUGUCUCAGGUUAAAGGAACUGCAGUUACUGGAUGAGAAGAACAGUCCUCUCACUCAUGCCAGGUACCAUCAAAAGGAGGUACGUGAAGCUGGUGAGCGAGAGAGACGACCAUGCUUGGUGGAAAUACCCGGAGAUGUGGAACAGAGGAUUCAACAGUACCUUGCACAGUACCCAGCAGAGGCCGAGGUUCAGAGAUUAUGGGACGAAGAGGAGAAGUUUGCAGUUCUGCACGAGUCUUCAGCCAUCAGUACGGAUGAUGACGAUGAUGAUGACCUCAUCACAGAUGCUAUCACCAAUAAGCCGUACCGCGCCCUGCGACCUGAUGAAGAGGAAAAUCUGAGUGACCACCUCCUGAGCUUGUGGAUGAGGGCGGGGCCUGGCCGGGGGGUGGAGCUGCCAGUGGACUCGUAUAAAGAAAGUGUGCUCUCAGCAGUGGAAUCUUCACAAGUUGUCGUGAUUGCAGGUGAGACGGGCUGCGGUAAGACCACACGGAUCCCGCGGUUUCUGUUAGAGGGCCAAGUCAGGAGGGGAGAUGGGGCCAAAUGCAACGUCUUGGUCACACAGCCCCGCCGGAUCAGUGCUGUAUCUGUAGCACACCGUGUAGCACAGGAGAUGGGUCCUUCGCUUCGGCACUGUGUUGGAUACCAGGUUCGUCUCGAAUCACGUCCACCUGAGCGCAGCGGUGGAGCUCUGCUGUUCCUCACUGUUGGUGUCCUCCUCCGUAAACUGCAGUCUAACCCCACCCUCCGUGGCAUCAGCCAUGUAGUAGUCGAUGAGGUCCACGAGAGAGACGUCAACACAGAUCUUCUGCUGGCCUUACUGCGUUCAGCCUUAGAAGAGAAUCCAGACUUUCGAGUGGUUCUCAUGAGCGCGACUGGUGACACGCAGCGGCUGUCUCAGUAUUUCGGUGGAUGCCCGGUGGUGCGUGUGCCUGGGUUUAUGCACCCGGUGCAGGCAAGGUACCUGGAGGAAGUGAUGACAGACAUGCGUCGACAGUUACCAGCGAUAAGCAGAGAGAAAAGAAACGGGCAGGAAGAAAAUGAUGCUUCUCCUGAUCUUGAUCUAGUAACUGAUGUGAUCGACCAUAUUCACAGAUGUGGAGAGCCAGGUGCUGUGUUGUGUUUCCUGCCGGGAUGGCAAGAGAUUAAAGCUGUACAACAGAAACUGGAAGAAAAGGCAGCUUACAGAUCAGGCUUACAGAUGAUUUUACCCCUUCACUCCAGUAUGGCUGUCGCAGACCAGCAAGCCGUCUUCAAUCGACCUCCAGAGGGUCAGCGUAAAAUUGUCCUUGCAACCAACAUCGCUGAGACUUCAGUCACCAUUGAUGAUAUAGUGCAUGUGGUGGAUGCUGGCUCACAGAAAGAACAGAACUAUGACCCCAAAACCAAGGUCUGCAGUCUGAACACGGUCUGGAUCUCGCGUGCAAAUGUCACGCAGCGAAGAGGAAGGGCAGGGCGGUGCCAACCAGGACACGCAUAUCACCUUUUUCCACGAAAACAACUGGACGCCAUGACCACGUUUCCCAUUCCUGAAAUUCUACGCACCCCUCUGGAGAGCGUGGUGAUUCAGGCCAAAAUUCACUGUCCUGAAAGCAAAACUGUGGACUUCCUAUCAAGGGUGCUUGACUGCCCAGACCGUCAAGCAGUGAAAGUUGCCGUAAAGACCUUAAUGGAUAUUGGUGUAUUGGAUAAUUUGGAGAAUCUGACUCCAUUGGGUGAACGGGUGGCCUGCAUGUCAUGUGACCCACGUUUGGGAAAAGUUUUGGUUCUCUCGGCUCUGUUCGGUUGUGUUCACCCUCUUUUAUCUGUGGCAGCCUGCCUGACUCGAGAUCCGUUCUAUAACAGCAUGCAGAACCGGGCGCUUGUCUCCAAGGCCAAGAAAAAGUUGAGUGUUUCUAGCUGCAGUGAUUAUUUGGUCUUCAGUCGUGUUGUUCAAAGCUGGAAUGACCAACAUAACAGGGACAGCAAGCAGGAGUAUCUAGAGAAAUAUACUCUGUCUGGUGCCAGUCUGCGAUUUAUACACGGGCUGAUGCAUCAGUUCAGUGAGAAUCUGUCUGAAGCUGGACUGGUGGAUCGUUCUGCUGAAUGUCUGCGCUUGUCCUCGCAUCUCAACCAGCACAGUCAUCAGGAACAGCUCCUUAAAGCAGUGCUGUUGGCAGGCCUUUAUCCUAAUCUAAUACAGGUGAAAAAAGGCACAGUGACCAAAGGUGGAAGAUUUCGUCCGGAGAAUCUUACCUAUCGCACACAAAGUGGCCCUGUUGUACUGCACCGCUCCUCUGUCAACAGGGGAGAGCAGAAGCUCUCGAGUCGCUGGCUCACAUUCUUCUCUGCUAUGAAAUCCAAUGGUCAGGUCUUCAUUAGAGACUCUUCUGUGGUUCACCCACUUGCUUUGCUGCUCCUCACAGAUUGUGACCUCAGUGAGAAAUUUGUUGGAGAUCAUGUAGAGGUGGCAUUACCAGAUCACGGACUGAUACGAUGGCAGUUUUCUCCUCAUGCGUGGGAGCUGCUGUGGGAUCUACGCACUUCCCUACAGGCCAUGAUCCACCGGAAGCUUCAACACUCCAAACUCAAAUCAAACUCCGCUGCCAACAACUCUAAAGACAGUCAGCUUAUAUCUUUAUUAGUGGACCUUCUUAAUAACACAGAUUUAGAUGCUACAAAUCAUCGUGAUGACCUCAAUGAGUGACGCUGCUGGACCAUUUCUUCAGUGAGAACUCGGGGUUUGCAGAAACGGAUCACAGGAUCAAUGAAGAGUAAACAUUGACCAAAUAAAUAUCUGUGAUGCUGUAAAUUCAUUGCAUGUAAUUUUAUAAUGAUGUGAUUAUGUGCAGAAGUAUAUGGGCUGUAAAUAAAACCCGCAGUCAGGACAUGUGGGAUUAAACUGUACUUAUUCAAGAUAUUUAUUUAUCAUAUUAGGAGAAUUUUAAUCUUUUUAUUUAAAGAAUGAAACUAAUGCACUAUCGGAGAAUAACCUGUGAUAUGUACAUCUAAGGACUGUUAAAGUGACUGCAUUUAUGAAAAAAGAUCAAGCUGUAUAAUUAAGAGUGUUUGAAAUGAUUUGUUUAGACUACCACAUAUUCAAAGGCAAAAGUGUAUAAAACAGCAAUAAUGCUAAAAUAAUGUAUUGUACUGUUUGAUGCACAUGUGAUCUGUGAAGUCUGCUGUUUAGUUUCUAAUUGUAAAAAACAACAUAAAAUACUGAAACGGCAAAUA